CAUCACAUCACUACAAACAAUGAAGAAAAUAAAAUGGCCGUCGAGUGGGUCGCCGUAAAUAUGUUGAGUUGUUUUUCAAAUCGUUCGUUUAUAACACAAUUACAAUGCAAAUAUUGUCAGAAAUGAAUGUUGAAAAAGUGUAUUUAAGUAAAGACUUUGUGUGUGUUUCAUUGGUGUUCUGAAUUAUGUAAGAACAAAGAGUUCUCGUCGUUUGUUGUAUCAAUCGGGCAGCUAGACAAAUGCAUGAAAAUGGGACUCUCUCAUUUGUUGUUGUUUAUAACGAUAAUCCGUCUGAUAUGUUUUUCUACAAAAGCAGAAAACAUUGAGUGUCCACACAAAUGUGAUUGCCUGGAGCAGUACGUCGAUUGUUCAAAGAAGAAUUUCGUGUCUGUGCCAAAAAUUCCUAAGUGGGUGGAACGAUUGGAUCUCAGCUAUAAUAGGUUGAAUGAAAACGUAACGGAGGCUUUUGAUAAACUGCUGCAUUUACAAGAAUUGAAGCUGGAUAAAAACUCGUUUCAUUUCAUUCCAAGCCUGCUACAUCAUGAUCAAAUACAGGAACUGAGUUUAAAUAGGAAUAAUAUUGGAUCGAUAGACACGGGUACUUUUCCUGCCAAUAGUUCGAUCAGAAUUCUGAAUGUAAACAGUAACCAUAUAAAAUUCAUAGAAGAAGGAGCCCUGACCAAUCUGACUAAUUUAGAAGUUUUGAAGCUGAAUAGGAAUGAAAUCAAAUCACUUCCUAAUCAUUUGUUUAUGAAUCAAACAAAUCUUAGAACUUUAGAACUGAACCAUAACAAGUUACAUGUGAUCAGCCCACUGCUGUUUCAAGGACUGUCUAACCUGACAACACUGAAACUCAGGUUUAAUAAUAUUGACAAUAUAAUGGAUGGUGCCUUUUUUGGAUUCAAGUCAAUGAAUUUGUUGCAACUGGACCAUAAUAGAAUAAGGAAUAUUUCUAAAGGUUGGAUGUAUGGAUUAGAGUCAUUGAUUACAUUAUCCUUGUCAAAUAAUUUGAUAUCAGAAAUUGAUUCUGGAAGCUGGGAAUUAUGUACAAACCUAGAGGUUUUGGAUUUGUCACACAAUCACUUGUUAGAAGUUGAAGGACGAUCAUUUCAACAUUUAAUAAAUCUUCGGACUCUCAACCUGGGAUAUAAUAAAAUUAGUUCAAUUUCUCAAGAUGCAUUUGGCUACAUUUCUCAGCUUCAAACACUACAGUUAAAUAACAACAAAAUCUCAUGGACUGUGGAAGAUAUGUCUGGACCAUUUUCAAAAUUGCAAAAUUUGAUAUCUUUUAGCCUGGCUGCUAACCAUAUAAAAUCAAUUAAUUCAAGAGCUUUUGAUGGAUUGUCCAAUCUUGCUGAGUUAGAUCUAAAAGGAAAUAACAUAACUUCUAUCCAACAGCAUGCAUUUGAUUCUAUGUCAAAACUAAAGAAACUGCAUUUGAACUCAUCAUCACUUCUGUGUGACUGCAAUUUACUAUGGAUAGUUAAAUGGAUCAAAGAGAAAGCUGAACAAAAAUAUGUGACAGCUAACUGUGCAUAUCCAUCUGAAGUCCGAGGAGUAUCAGUGACUAAGUUGAAGGAAGACAACUGUGGAGACUCUCCCAAGCCAAAAGUUGUGGAACACCCUAAAACCCAUCUUGCCAUAAAAGGACGCUCAGCUAAUUUAGUGUGCUCUGCCACAUCUAUUCCUUUUAAUAACAUGACCUUUUUGUGGAGAAAGAAUAAUGGAAAUGUUAGUAACCCUACAGUAUAUGAAAAUAUCACUAUUGGACAUAAUGGCCAACCAAGAGCUACAUCGGUUUUGGUAAUUCCUAACGUAACUCAUGCAGAUUCUGGCAAAUAUCAGUGUGUUGUCAGUAAUAACUUUGGAACGACUUACUCUACUAAAGCUAAGGUCAACAUUGUCACCUUCCCUCGGUUCACUAAAACCCCCACUAAUGUUACAGUGAAGACGGGUGAGACAGUCACACUCAAUUGUGCGGCUACAGGUGAUCCUCCUCCAGAGAUCUCUUGGAAAAAAGAUGGAGGAAAUGAUUUUCCUGCUGCAAGAGAAAGGAGGAUGAAUGUUAUGCCAACUGACCACUUGUUUUUUAUAGUGAAUGCUAAAACCACAGAUAUGGGAAUAUACAGCUGUGCAGCUAAAAAUCCAGCAGGGACUAUUAUUGCUAAUGCUACACUUACAGUAUUGCAAGAACCAUCAUUUGUGAGAGUAAUGGAAAACAAGGAGGUGACUAGUGGUGAUUCUGUAGUUUUACAAUGUAUGAUAUCAGGGUCACCAAAGCCUGUUAUAAAGUGGCUUAAAGAUGGAGCCCCUAUCACUCCUACAGAACGACAUUUCUUGACUGGUGAUGAUCAGCUGUUGAUAAUAAUUGGAUCAGAGUCUAGUGACGCAGGACGUUAUGAAUGUGAGAUUACUAAUGAGUUGGGUACUAAAAAGGACAUGACUGAGCUAAGAGUGUUGCCUCCAGUAGCUAUUAUGGUGAAUGAAGAGAAUAUGGCAGGCAUUAUAAUUAUUACCGUUGUGUGUUGUGCUGUAGGGACUUCUAUUAUUUGGGUGGUGAUCAUUUAUCACACUCGCAGACGCAUGGCCAGUGCUGUGCACACAUUUCCCGCCGAAAGUAUAAAAAUGACACAUGUAGUGCAUAGUGAUAGUGAUUCCCCACAAAUGUUUUCAGACAAUAUAUCAGAGCACUCAUCUUGUAAAGAUAGUGGGACUGGUGAUUCAGCUAAACAAACAAGUUUUGAUGGAGUGCCUACUGAUAGAAGUGAACCUGUGCAUUUUGAGACUGUAUGCCAGAGCUAUCCUACUGUGCCCGAGGCACAUAAACUUCUUCCAUCGUCUUUUAAGCCCUCAAUACAAGUGUGUGUAAAUACAUCUGUUACACCAGCUACAUAUAGUUUUUCUAGUCACAGUGGUAAUGUUUAAGUUUGUAAAAUAUAUUUCUAUAGUUUAGUUUAUAGUAAGUAAUAGGUACAAUAUACCUAUGAUUCCUGCAGUUUCACUAAUUACAUUUUACUUUACUAUAGCACAUUAUUAUUUUAAAAAUAAUAAUUUUGAUCUCUAAAUUGAAAAAUACUUCACAUGUAUUUUAUUUCAUUCAAUGUAACAAACCUAUGUAAACAUGUUAAAAACGAUAAUGCCUUAUAAAAUAAAAUAUGCUUAAAUGUCUGUAUAUCUAUACGUGUAAUGUAUAAUAAUAUACAUAAUUUAAUACCAAACAGAUGUUAGUUCAAAUCAGGUUCUCCUGGUAUUUAGAAUCAGAACCUCAUGAGAAUUCCUGAUAAUUAUAACUAAUUACAUGAGCUUUACAUAACUUUUAUGUAUGUAAGCAUUAUUUCCUAUCUAAUGUAAGUAUUAUUCUCCCAGUUAUACAGAUGUAUACAAUUAAGAUGAUUGACACAUAAUAGUGUAGUUAGUGAAAUGGCAAUAAAGUUAGGCGUCUUUGUAACUUGAUUGCUUAGUACAAAAUGUAACAAACUUGCCAGUAUUGGUUUUGAUGUAAAAGACUGAAUGUCGUUUAAGUAAUAAGUGUAUGAUUACUGUUAUUUUGUAAUAUUAAAUAGGCAAUAAAUAUUUUUAAAUUUGUUAUUUUAUAACAGUUUUCUAGAUAGCUAUGUCAUGUGAUUUACCUAGCAGCUUUUUCUAUUAAAUAUUUUAUAAUAAUUGAAAUGAAUUUGAGUAUGUAUUGUAUAUGUGACAUUAUAAUUUUAGAUUUUCAACUGCAUUUUGAAGAAAACUUAAGUGCACUUAAACUAAAUUAUACAGACAGAUACAGCAUCUUUUGCACAGUUUUGAACUACAUUGAAUAUAACUGCCGUGAUUUGUGUGUGCUUAUUAUAGGCAACCUACCUUAAAUGUAUUACCAUUGUAAUCCACCUCUGCUGAAUUGUAUCUAGGAAGUAAAAUAUUAAAAUGUUAUUAAUUUUAAAGGAAAUUACAAACAAACAUUUAGUAAUGUUAAAUUAUAUAUAUUGCAAGUAAUGUAAUUAGCUACUAAAAUGUAUAAGUUUAUAGGUGUAGCAUUAUAAGAGGGAGUGAGAUUAUUGGAUAUUUGUAAUGCCUGAAGCAUCAAAAUAUUGUCAGCAGUUAACAGAUGUUCUUAAUGAUAGCAGAUAUCAAUUAAUUUUAUUGAUCACACCUGCAAAAUUAAUUCAUUGAACUU